AUGACUAUUCUCCUUAUCAUCGUUGGCCUGGUCCUUGUUGAUUCAACCAACCCAACUAACCCUAGCCCUGCUCCAGCUGGAGUUGCUCAACCACUUGGAGGAGGAUCUACUGGAACCAAUCCAAAUGGACAACCACAACACAACCCAGUCAAUGCUAACAACAAUGCUAAUAACAAAAGUGAUGUAGAUGGUAUAUCCAAAGUCUCCUUGUUCGUAGAACUUUUCAGCAACUUUUCUGAAACUUUUUUGAUUUUCACAUACAUUACCAGGCUCGGCGGGCCCGGGUUCUCCGAACUUGGAAAAAAUUUUGAAAUUUCAGAAAUUUUUUCAAAUUUUUUUUUUGUGAAAAACGAUUUUUAUUGA